AGCAAUUUUGCGAUGCAACCAUAUUAUUGCAAGAAUGUGCCAUCAAAAACCGUGUGUACUUCAAUUUCAGUAUAAAAUAGUCUUGUUAUACAAUAUGAUUUUAGUUAGUUGGCAAUAUUUGUUUGUGUCGAUCAAUGUGUGCAUUACAUUUUCAAGACCCAUGGACUAAGUAUGAUAUUCACACUGAUUUUGGGUCUCCUGCUGUGUUCAGAACCUUCAGAAGCUACCAUCAGAAAAAUAAAGAAAGUGUACUUCGGUUUCCCGUUGCUACAUCUUUUCCUCGGACACCUAGGGCCUUUUGGCCCAUAUGGAGGCCCCUUCGGGGGCCCAUUUGGACCAUUGAUCCGUCCACCUCCACCGGUUCCACCUCCACCUCCACCGGUUCCACCUCCACCACCACCCAUUCCCCCACCCAUACCAGUACAUCACAAGACCAUCGUUCAUAACAAAGAAGUCAUUAAGGAGGGUCCUAUAGGACACCAUAUAGGCCAUGAAUUUGGACCGCACUUUAGCCAUGGGUUUGAACAUGAGACCUUCCAUCACCAUGAAUAUACGGGAUUUCCUCAUGAAUUUCACCACGAUGGAGUUGGUUUAGAACAUGGUCAUUUUCAUCAUCCAUGAUAUCGUUGCUUUAAAUAAUGACUAUCACAUUCUAUUUCUGCAAAUAUGUAUAUUAUAAUCGUCCC